UCUCUCUCUCUCUCUCUCUGUUUCUUUCAAGCAAGAAGCCGGAAUGGCCAAGGACGUCGAGGUCGGAGGCGGGCACGGCUCGUUCCAGGGGAAGGACUACCAGGACCCGCCCCCGGCGCCGCUGGUGGACGCGGAGGAGCUGGGGAAGUGGUCCUUCUACAGGGCCAUCAUCGCGGAGUUCAUCGCCACGCUCCUCUUCCUCUACAUCACCGUCCUCACCGUGAUCGGGUACAAGAGCCAGAUCGACACCACCAAGGCCGGCGACGUGUGCGGCGGCGUCGGCAUCCUCGGCAUAGCCUGGGCCUUCGGCGGCAUGAUCUUCGUCCUCGUUUACUGCACCGCCGGCAUUUCGGGAGGUCACAUUAACCCGGCAGUCACCUUUGGGCUGUUCUUGGCGAGGAAGGUGUCGUUGGUCCGGGCCGUGCUCUACAUGGCGGCUCAGUGCUUGGGCGCCAUAUGCGGGUGUGGUCUAGUUAAGUUGUUCCAGAAGACGCACUAUAUUGAAUAUGGCGGCGGUGCCAAUGAGCUAAACGAUGGUUACAGCACGGGCACCGGUUUGGCUGCGGAGAUCAUCGGGACCUUCGUCCUUGUCUACACCGUCUUCUCGGCAACCGACCCCAAGAGAAACGCCAGAGACUCACACGUUCCCGUGUUGGCUCCGCUGCCCAUUGGAUUCGCCGUGUUCAUGGUUCACCUCGCCACCAUCCCGAUCACAGGAACCGGCAUCAACCCGGCUCGAAGCUUUGGGGCCGCAGUUCUGUUCGGCAAGCAGAAGGCAUGGGAUGACCAAUGGAUCUUCUGGGUCGGACCAUUCAUCGGCGCAGCGAUCGCCGCAUUCUAUCACCAAUAUAUCCUGAGAGCUGGAGCUGCUAAGGCGCUCGGGUCCUUCAGAAGCUCAUCUGUCAUAUAAAUUCUCAAGGGGGUUGGGGCUCUGUCCUGGCUUGAGGUGUCUCCGGGACUAGAGUGCGGAAACUAGAGCUGUAAAAUUUGACGUUGUUGUUCUCUGGUUGGCACUUAGUUUUUGGCUGUGCCCCAAGAAUAAGCUUUCUAAUUAGCUUUGCAAUGUUAGCUGUUUCUCUGGUACUUGUCGGCCCUUUUGGCAUGCGGUCAUUGUGUUCGAGCUUCAAGGUUGAUUUUUGCAUGAAUUUCCAUGAAUGCAUUUCGUUCGCCUUAACAUUUG